AUGUCAAGUCAAAGACAAGCCUCUUCCGCCUCUCAACCUUUUCAAGAACCCAAUCCGACCAGACGGCCGCUCACCCACACAAUUCCGCCUCUCUCCGCCGAGACUACUAUCCUGCCCGGCACGAACGGCAGCGCGCGCAUCGGGUUCGCAGACGGCACGCAAGCAAUCGUCGGCGUAAAAGCGGAGGUCGAGAAGACUGUUCUCGCAGCCGACACGCUUGACUCACGCAGUCUAGCGCAGCAUGGCGACGCACUGAACCGUGAGGGCGAAGAGGGCUCGGCCGCUGUCUCGGGACAGGGAGAGUGGGUGCAGAUGUCGAUCGAGAUUCCCGGGUUUAGGGACGAUGAUGCCCUGCCUGUAUUUUUGAGUGAGAUGAUGCGGGAGAGUCUGGUUGGUUCUGUUGCUGGUGGGGAUGUGGAUGGCGCAAAGGAGAUGGCCGGUGGAUUGAAGGGGAGGCUCGUUAUUAACAAGCGGUGGCAUUGGCGCUUGUCCUGCUCCUCUCCCAACCUCUCGCAUACCCCCUCCCCCCUCCUCUCGCUCACAACCCACCUCGCCCUCCUCAGCACUAAGCUACCGAAACUCAAGUCCACGGGCGAAGAAGAUCCCUUCUUCGACGAUGACUGGGCUGCCGCGGAGUAUCUCUACCCCCGCUCCAAUACUUCCAAAUCUUCUCUCUCCGCCGCACCAUCAUACCCUGUCCGCCCACCUGUAACGCUGCUUGUGAUCGCCGUCGGUGAAAACGUCAUCUUCGACCCCAAUCGCGAAGAAAUCGCCGUCGCAGACGCCGUCCUGGCCAUCUCCCCUGGUAUCCCCAAUUCCGAAAAUGUGAAUAUGCUUGGUGCUACUGCUGCGCCUGGCGAAGAGUCUGGUGGCCAGGAGGAGGUUGAGGGUGUCUGGCGUCCGCGCAGAGGUGGUGUUAAGCGCGGUGUCAUUGCACGUAUGGUCAAGACUGUCCUCGGCAAGGGCGGUGUCGGUGAGGAGGUUCUUGAGGGACUUGAGGGUGUUGAAGUGCAAUGA